AUUACAUUAUCAUUGAGACCUUCUGUGGUGUCAGGCUUCAGAGGGCAGCAGCCUUCUCUUAGAGAUAGCUUGGGCUCUUAGGAUGUUCAAGAUUUAUUUGUCUCUUGAAGCUUGCUGGAUUCUCCACUACAGAUGAUCUCAUAUUCUCAGGAAGGCAGCAGGUUGGCAUUUUGAAGGGACAAGCAUGGAAGAAAAUACAGAGGGUCAUGGUCUUGCAGAGGGCAAGAUUUUGUUUACCUGGAUGAUUUUGUUUGUGACAUUAGUUUUGUUGCCUUCGGUGUUUCGAGUGUCAUUGGGGAUUUCUCAUUUCUAUGUGAGAAUUCUAAUAACAAUGUUAGAGUGGGCCACCCUGCAGAUUGAGGAGGGAGUAAAAAAGCAGAAGGCGAUGGCACUUGAAAAUUUAAUCUCCACUGGGAUCAUCCAGAGAGAAGAAAUCUCCAUGGAAGAGGAGCUUGCUGGCCAGCGCAGAGGAUGCUUCAACCUUGCUGAUGUUAUGUACUUCUUCAAGAAGGGGUGUGAGGCAGUUGCAGAAGAUGAAGUCACCCAGCGGUUCUCCUCUGAGGAGCUGGUGUCCUGGAACCUCCUCAGCAGAACCAAUGCUAACUUGCACCAUGUCAGCUGGCAACUGACUGUUGUGUGGGUCUUUGGGAUCCUAAUUCGGUACUGUCUCCUGAUGCCUUUUCGCAUCUGCUUGGGUAUUUUCACCAUCCUCUUGCUGCUAUCAGCCACUACGGUAGUAGGACAGUUUCCUAAUGGGAGAGUUAAACACUGGCUGGGCAACCAGGUUCAGAUGAUGUGUGCCACAUUAGGUAUCCGAUGUCUGGCUGGCCUUGUUCAUUUCCACAACAGAGAAAACCGACCGCAGGAAGGUGGCAUCUGUGUAGCCAACCACACAUCUCCGUUAGAUGUUCUAAUCCUGGCCAGUGAUGGAUGCUAUUCCCUGGUUGGCCAGGCACACGGAGGGCUUAUGGGACUUAUUCAAAAAUCUUGCAUGCAAGCCACUCAGCACGUUUUGUUUGAACGCUCAGAAAUGAAAGACCGUCAUCUGGUGAGGAAAAAAAUUAGAGAACACAUUGCAGAUAAGGCCAAAUUACCCAUUUUAAUUUUCCCAGAAGGUACCUGCAUAAACAACACAUCUGUAAUGAUGUUUAAGAAGGGGAGCUUUGAGGUAGGAGGGACCAUCCAUCCGGUAGCAAUCAAGUAUGACCCCCGCUUUGGAGAUGCAUUCUGGAACAGUACAAAGCAUUCCAUUGUGACCUAUAUUUUUAAUAUGUUCACCAGCUGGGCUAUUGUCUGUAAUGUGUGGUACCUGCCACCAAUGGUCAAAGAGGAAGAAGAAGAUGCUGUUCACUUUGCCAACAGAGUCAAAGCUGUCAUUGCUGCUCGGGCAGGAAUGUCUGUUCUUCCUUGGGAUGGAGGACUGAAAAGGAAAAAGAUCAAAGAGUCUUUCAAGGAAGAGCAACAGAAAAAAUAUUGCAAGUUAGUAAUAGAAAAUGGAUCUGUGGGAAAUGGAAAUGUUUGUUAAAUGGUAUUUAUUUUAUGUCAUUUUUUAAAUUACUUAAUCUCUACCAGAAAAUGGGCCUUUUUUUACAUUAAACCUGACAUGUUCUCUUUCUGUCCCUGUAAGAUAUUUUGCAUAUGACACAGCAGGGAAACCAUAAAGAGCUAAUAUUUUGUAUUAAACAAAGAUAUCAUUUAUGUAAGUAGGAAGAUUUACAAUAUACCAGUAAAAUUCUUAGUGAUGAGGAAUGAGAAGAAUCUGCAAUAAAUUAUUAUGUUCAUUAAACCACCUUUUUAAAAUCUUUGCAUGAUACUGAAGGCUUAAAUAGUAACUUCUGAACUUGAAAUAAAACACCUCUGUACUUGGAUUGGCAGUUUUCCUGUGAGCCACAGUCAGUGUGGUGCUGUAGAGGCAGUUCUCUUGAUGUUAGAAGAUAUUAAGAUAAUAAGCAGUUCACCAAAAUACGUUUUUCAAAUUGCAAGUUGAAAAGAAGUGUUGGAUGUCAAAGCGAAAGAGGCAGCCACUGACUUUACCCUCCAUGUCACAAGACCAGGGAUGGAAGCUGUUGCGGAAUGGGUGGUUGCCUUAUGCCAGUGAACAAGACGUGUUAGAGAUACCCUCCCACACAGGAGGUUCAAGAAGGACCCCCUUGCUUUCCCACACAGGAGGUUCAAGAAGGAUCCCCUUGCUUUCCAGCUGAUCCUCAGGUACUAGAGGGGCUGGGUGCAGCUGGAUCCAAUCCUAGUCUCAAGCUGGGUCAACGGUUUAUGUCUAAAAGGACUGUGUAGUGCUUGCACCUUCUUGUCCAAAUUUGUCCCACAUGCCAACCAGUUUUACUGUCACGUUACAAGGGGAGUUUCUGAUUUUGCUGUAUUCCUUCCUGUGUCUGUUUGUAUGCAUUACACAAAUUAAAGAAAAUCUGUGACCUGA